AUGGCCUCUCUGCAAGGCCACAGUGCCAGAAGGCUCUGGAGAACCGCAGCGACAGCGCGGGUAUCCAUCCCUUGUGUCGCUCGACGAUUUCAGAGCGCGGUAACGAAGCCCCCGAGCGCCCUUCCGCCCACUCCGAGUGCGAACCAGCCCGACUACGAUAUCCCUGCCGACAAAGCCACCUCUACCUUCACCCCCGUUCCGAAGCGAGUCCAAGAUGGCAGCGAGAACAUUCUACCGGCGGCCUUCAUUUCCGGCGCGCCCAUGGAGCUCCAGGCUCGAAUGGUCCGUAUUUACAAGGAGUCCAAGCCAGCAACUCAGUCUGGGGACUUUAGAGGAGACCACUGGCGCCUGGACUGGGACAUUCUCCCCAAAGGCCACCGGUGGGAGAACCAGCUGAUGGGCUGGCAAUCAUCGGGUGAUUUCAUGCAAGGCACACACUUGAACUUCAAGACCAAGGAGGAUGCCAUUCACUUCGCCGAGAAACAGGGCUAUGAGUACUUUGUCCAGGAGCCCAACUCGCGCAAGAUCACCCCCAAGGCCUACGCCAAUAACUUUCUCUAUUCGCCAAAGCAACUCAAGCACAUUCGGACCAAAUGA